AGUUACAUAAGCAGUUAGCGGUGCGAACAUUAGCCACAAGCUAGUCGCUGUAGAGAAAACGUUGCCAGGAAACUAUCAUUUUUUUCUGAAUAACAUGGCUCUACGUGCGGCGGACAGAUUGAAAGUUGUCCUGAACCACCUGGACCGUUCCGGUGUUGCCGUACGCACAUCCUUUACAUCUGCACGAAACCUGUCACAUCACCAUCCUGAAGCACUUCAGUACACCUUUGAUACAGACGUGCUGUCUCCAGAACAAAGACUUGCUUAUGAAGAAAAUGGCUUCAUUUUGAUCAAAAACCUGGUUUCUGAGGAGGACAUCAAUAGAUUUAGGAAAGAGUUUGAGUGUAUUUGUAAAGGAGACGUGAACAUUCCUGGCUUGCUGGUUAUGAGAGACGUGUCCAUCGCGAAGUCUGAGUUCGUGCAGGGGGAGAAGGCUGUGACUAAACUUCAGGACUUCCAGGAGGACCCGGAGCUGUUCCGCUAUUGCACUCUGCCUCAGAUUCUAAAAUAUGUUGAGUGUUUCACGGGCCCCAACAUCAUGGCUAUGCACACCAUGCUCAUCAACAAACCCCCUGAUACAGGAAAGAAGACCUCUCGCCACCCCAUGCACCAGGACCUGCACUACUUCCCAUUCCGGCCAGCUGAUCGCAUCGUGUGUGCUUGGACAGCAAUGGAGAAAGUAAGCCGCCAGAAUGGCUGCCUGGUAGUGUUGCCUGGCACUCACAAGGGCACCCUGCAGGAGCACAACUACCCAGAGUGGGAGGGAGGUGUUAACAAGAUGUACCAUGGCAUUCAAAACUACAACCCCAGCCAUCCCAGAGUGCACUUGGAAAUGGGAACAGGAGACACCGUGUUUUUUCAUCCUUUGCUUAUCCACGGCUCAGGAAUGAACCGAACACAGGGCUUUCGAAAGGCCAUCUCCUGUCAUUAUGCCGGUGCUGAUUGUCACUACGUCGAUGUGAAAGGAACAACCCAGGAGAACAUCAGUAAGGAGGUGGAAGAGCUUGCUCGCAAAAGAAUCGGGAGUGAUAUCACUGUUUCCUUUCAGGACUCCUGGGCACUUAGGGGACGCUUGGUCCAAGGAGACAGAACAUCACUGUGAUCCUUAUUUCCUGCUCCAGUGUCUGUAAAUCACAGCAGAAACAUGCACCCAGAACAAUAACUGAUGGUAUUAAACAAUGUGUAAUGAUGCUGUCUAGGAAGCAAUGAUUUAAACAAUAAAGCUAUUUAAAUGCUGGAGUAAUAGUGUAGGAAAUAGGCACAAAGCUACAUAGGGUUCAAAUUUCAAAGGUACACUAAAUAUCUGUAAUUGUAUUUGAAUAUAUUUUCUAACAUGUAGAAAAAAGGCCUGAUGUUCAACAGAGAGGUUAAAGUAUGUCUGAGAGCUUUUAAUGGUAAAGAGAAUUUUGUGCCUUCUUUAAUCAGACAGUCAACUCUAAGCUGAAUGUAAUCUGUUUGCCAUAGACAAAAUGGUUUCUGUUUAAGUACAUUGUCCAAGUUUAAACCGAAAGCAUGGGCCUGUUGAGAAAUGCUGCUAAUUUUAGCUUCACAUAGUUAUGCUCGGAGUAAGCAAAUUAGAAAAUUUAACCAUGAAUAUAUAUAUAUUUACAUUUUUAAAGUGUUUUAAAUGCUUUGUAAUUAAUAUUUUCUUGUAAUUGUGUGAAAAUCAGUGUAAUUUAUUAUACAAUUAUUGUGUUCAUUUAAAUGAAACAUUAAUAUGGAGCUUGGAAGUUGACUGAAGUAGUUGAAUAAGAAUUUAUUAAAAUUUUAAUUAUAUACAGUGGCCCCGAAAAUAUUUGGACAUUUAAGCUACACUUACAAAUGUAUGAAUUUCACUGCAUUAGAAAACAUGUCAAACCAAAUGGCAUUUAUGUUAAAUAAAGUUACUGUAAGGAUAAAGCAAAUAACAGCUUUAUCUUCACUUUUCCUCCAUCA